AUGAAUAGUGAUCCUUUUCCACCCACAUCAUCUAACGGCGACAACGUUAACAAGAUGAAUAAUGAACUGCCCCAGGGCCAAAACGACCUACAUCCAGGUACUUCUGGUGAUUCUCUCCGAGUACCUUCUCAAACUCGACGAAAACGUGGAUUAUCGUUGAGAACACAACUUUUCAAUAAAGCAUUCAACAUCCAACAAGAUCAAGAACCUGAUACGACAAACCAACAAACCCCCAUUCAAAAUCAUCUCCAAACACAGACACCAUCGGAGCAAGUACAGAAUAUUGAGCUUCAGAGCUUCCCACCAACUCCGGAGAUCAAUAUCCACGAGACUAGUGAUCAACCUUCCAUUGGACAUAAUUUACCACACAAUGAACUGUAUGGAAAUCUACAGCCCCACUUGGCAAAGUCAACCACUCAAUUGACAUUGGAAUCUAAUAGAACAAGCACCAGUGGGUUGUCUUUCAUAUCAAAACGCGAACGUUCAGAUUGGAAAAGAUAUGGUUCCCAUAAUAGGUUGUACCAGUCGUUGAUCGACAUCAAAAAUAAAAUCUUUCAUAUAAAACAUUUACCUGCAACAGAAGAAGGUAGAAUCAUUCCACUAACAGUGUCACCCCAGUCUGUGAAUUCAUACUAUCAAGACGAGUUCUAUGAACCGAAAUCACAUAGUUUUGUUGAUGAAAGAACUAAUCAGCCAUAUAUCAGCAAUAUCAUCACCUCAUCAAAGUACACUGUGUACACAUUCUUGCCAAAACAAUUGAAGGCGCAAUUCUCGAAAGUUGCCAAUUGUUACUUUAUGGUUGUGGCUAUUAUGCAAAUGAUCCCUGGGUGGUCAACUACAGGUCAUUUUACCACUAUCAUUCCAUUAUGUAUUUUCAUGUCUAUCUCAAUUGCUCGUGAAGGGUUUCAUGAUUGGAAAAGCCACGGGCACGAUAAUUGA